AUGGCAGCCCUCGCCUCCCUCCUCCGCCGCCGCAGCAGCCGCCGCGACGGCGUGCUCCUGCGCACGCUCUGCGCCACCACGGCAACACCUACCGCCGCGCCCGCGCUCUCAGCCUCGGCCGCCAAGACGCGCCUCCGCCGGGAGUACGACGCCGACCGCUCCAUCUCCCUCCUCGAGGCCAUCGACACCACCUCCCUCUCCGCCGGCUCCACGCGCCACGCGCUCUCCCUCGCCGCGCGCCGCCUCUCCCGCGCCGGGCGACACGCCGACGCCGAGAAGCUCCUCUCCUCCCACAUCCAAGCUUCCCCAACCGAGCCGCACCUCUCCGCCAUCCUCUGCUCCUACGCCUCCGCGGGGCUCCCGGAGAAGGCCCUCGACGCCUUCCGCUCCGCCGCGCCGUCCCUCGCGUCCCCCAUCUCCUCCAUGCCCUUCAACGCGCUCCUCUCCGGCUUCGUGCGGUGCCGCCGCCACCGCCGCGUCCCGGUCCUCUUCGAGGAGCUCUCCAAGGAGUUCUCCAUCACCCCCAACGCCGCCUCCUACGCCAUCCUGGUGAAGGCCCAUUGUAUGGUUCGCCACGACGCCAAGGCGCACGAGGUGCUCGCCCGGAUGCGCGAGGAAGGUAUACCGCCGACCACCACCAUCUACACCACGAUGAUUGAUUCCAUGUAUAAGCAGAAGAAGACCGAGGAGGCCAAGGCUCUGUGGGAGCAGAUGCUGGAGAGCGGGUGCAAGCCGGACCAAGCAUCGUAUAAUGUGAGGGCGAUGAGCCAUGGACUGGACGGCAAGCCUGAUGGUGUUCUCCAGGUGAUUGCGGAAAUGGAGGCUGAUGGAGUGGACCCAGACACCAUCACCUACAAUUUCCUCAUGACGGCCUAUUGCAAGGCUGGGAAGGUGGAGGAUGCCAAGGCGCUGUACCGUUCGCUAGGUGACAAGGGAUGCCCAGCGAAUGCGGCCACAUAUAAGCAUAUGAUGGCAUAUCUUUCUGCUCAUGGAGAUUUUGAUGCUGCGUUGGAGAUUUUUAGGGAAAGCAUCAGCAAGCACAAGGUGCCAGACUUUAAGACAAUGAAGGGAUUUGUUGAAGGAUUGGCAAAGGGAGGCAGGGUGGCUGAGGCCAAGCAGGUUAUUUCCGAGGUGAAGAAGAAGUUCCCUGAUAAUAUGUUGUCUGGGUGGAAGAAGCUGGAAAAGGAGCUUGGGUUCUGCUCAGAUAAUGGAGAUGCAAUCCCUCAGGCAGAAUGUGCGGCUGAAGAAGCAGUUUCUGAGGCCCAGGAGCCUGCUACUGCCGAAGCACUUGAACUCGAAGAUUCUGCUGCUGAGGAAACAGGUGUGUCAGAAGAAUCUGCUGCUGAUGGCACGCCUGCACCUGAGACGUCCAGUGAUGAGGAAGUCCCGCGGGGUCCUGCUUAAUUGAAGAUUGCUAUGUUCUUCUUUUGAUUCAGUUUGGUUAGAAUGUUUUCAACAUUGAGGAGUUGUUGAUGCUGCUCCAUGGAGAGGUAAACACUAGGUUUUGGAUAGACUCUCGGAAUGCUAACGUGAAUAAGUUAUACUAUUGUGUCACUUUGGAAUUAUGAGUCGCAUGUUACUGUGAGCUGUGUGCACAAUGUUAGAAGCUAUUGUUCUUGUGA